AAAUCUAGGCGAAUGCACUGCUGUUGAAUGCUGCUACAUCUCGGACUGCAUCACAUACACAGUAGAUUCGCUUGUUUUCCCUCACGGCGACAAACAUGGGCUCGACCUCGCGCCACAGCUUUGUAUCGAGAGGCUCGGUAGUGGGUGGCGGAGGCCUUGGUGCUGCAACAGCUUUGAUAAUCGGGAUUCGGGCGGCUCAGGCCACGCGUCAUCCUCGUCGGGACUCGCGCCGUUUGAUGCGGCAGUAGUAGUGACUCCAGGCUGCUGCAGGCGGAAGAUUGAAAUGUUUCGCUACGUAUGUUCAGGUUUGAACGUUUACGCGUUUCCUCAAUGCGGCCGCCCGGACAGUCUGCACACGAACAAUUGCAGCACGACGGGGAGACGAAGUCCCUACAACGGCGUCGGGCCGCCGUUUGCUGCAAAACCAGGGAGCAAGCUGCAGCGGCCCCGGGGAAGACGACAGGAGUAA